ACACGCUUUUAUGAAAUGGAUGCCCGAGCUCCCCGUACCCCAUCCACUGCCCAGUCUCCUCCCCACUGUAAGCGAGCAUGGCAGGGAAGGGCUGAGCAUGGCAGAUAAUGCGCUCUCCGCUGCCCCCUGCUGGAGGUUCAACAAAGCGAGCGAAUUGGAAAAGGAAUAGAAAGAGCUAAACAAAGCGAAAAAAGGCUUCACCUUCGUCCAGCGCGUUAUUGAUCUUUGACUCCUCUCUACCGGUGACGAUUUCAAAGAGAGAGAGAGAAAAAAAGAAGAAUUGGAAAACCAAAGCUGUGCAUUUAAAUAUCUGUCAAUACUGAGGUGACCCCUCGGGGUAUAAAGGCAGAAAAAAACCUUGCAAGAUGGUGAAAGCGAAAAAACCUACUGCAAAAGGGGGAGUCACGGAGAGAAGCACCAGGACUGCAGCAGGGGCCGGGGGGCCGGGAGACAUCCCCAAGGCUGCAGUGCAGGCUCUCAGCUCUAAGAAGGGCAAAAGCAAGAAGGCUGCUGUCAAGACACAGGUGGAGACGGACGCCAAGGAGGAGGAAGAACAGCCUUCGCUGCUGGACCUGGGGGGACAGAGACAGCGCUGGGUCAACUUUGUCAAGCAGCAGAACCUGACUUGCGAGGAAGCAGCCAAACUUCUGCUGGAUUCUGAAUACAAAGGGCUUGUGAAGCACAGUGGAGGCUGUCACUGCGGAGCUGUGUGCUUCGAGGUCUGGGCAUCUGCUGAUUUACAUGUCUUUGACUGCAAUUGCAGUAUUUGUGUAAAGAAACAAAACCGACAUUUCAUUGUCCCUGAGUCACGUUUCAAGUUAGUGAAGGGUGCAGAGAGCCUGACCACAUACAACUUCAACACUAAAAAAGCUCAGCAUAUGUUCUGCAAAUUCUGUGGUGUGCAGAGCUUCUACAGACCUCGUUCUAACCCAGACGGCUAUGGAAUAGCCCCACACUGCCUGGAUGAAGGGACUGUGCGCAGUGUCCAUGUGGAGCAGAUCAAUGGGAAGGAGUGGGAGAAGGCAAUGAAAGAACACAAGACCAUCCGUAGCAUGUCGCAGUCCUGAGAUUGAAUGUUCUUCUGACGUGGAUCUCCGUCCAACAGCUAAUUUUAUACAUCCUUCGCAAUGUGGCCUAUCUUCUUAAAAUUUAGUGAAAUAAAUCUUUUUUUUCUAUAGACUUACUAACAA